UGCUGGUGCUUUUGAGGCGUGAGAAUAUGUCAUCGGCGAACUCGUCCUGAAAUAUCCCAAAACCUAAACUCCAGUCACCAGGGAAACUGUUCAAAACACAGAGAAGGUUUGAUUUGAACACUGCCUGGACACACCACACAGGGUCACACACAGGGACACACACACAGGGACACACAUCUUCACACACACGUACACGUAGACACACACACUCUGUGGUGAUGUCUGAGGCGGAGGGGUGUGUGUCGGUGUGGGAGUGGCUGUGUGCUCUGCAUCUGGACCAGUAUUUCCCAGUGUUCCAGGACGCGGGGUUUGGAACGUUGUUGGAAUGCCAAGGGCUGACCCAGGAUCAGCUGGAGACGAUUGGAAUCAAACUGCCUGGGCACCGCAAACGCAUCCUAGUCAGCCUGCAAAAAACACACCACCACACACACCCCGAGAGAGAGCACGAUGCCCUACUCACACAUCUGGCUGCAGAGGGAGACCAGAGAGAGGAAGAGAGAGCUGUGUUCAGACCCAGUCCUUUGGGGAGAGAGACACCACUACCUGCACAGAGACCAGUAUCCAGAGGAGAGAGACCAGUCCCUAAGGAGAGAUCAGUGUUCAGGGAAGAAGAGAGGGAUGGAGAGAGACCGAGACCAAUCCCCAAGGAGAGGACUAAGUACCGCUCUGUGCCUGUAGAGACAUUGGACUGUGGCCAGACUUCCCCCCAUCCCAACCCUACCUUCUGUCCUACCACCCCCAAUCCCAACUCUACCUCCUACUCUAGCCCCCAUUCUACUGCCCAGGACCCCCCUUACCCCCCAUCCCCCUCGCAGCACCCCAAACGGCCCCCACUACGCUUCAUCCCCACCUCCUCUAAACACUCCCCCAUGGCACCCAAACCCAGACAUAAACAUAACAAUACACACUCCUCUACAAACACUCCGACCACAGUACUCCCUAGCCUCUCCACCAAUCCCCUCACAGUACCCCUCCCUAGCCUCUCCACCAAUCCCCCAGUACCUCUCCCUAGCCUCUCCACCAAUCUCCCCACAGUACUCCCUAGCCUCUCCACCAAUUUCCCCACAGUACCUCUCCCUAUCCUCUCCACCAAUCCCCCCACAGUACUCCCUAGCCUCUCUACCAAACCCCUCACUGUACCCCUCCCUAGCCUCUCCACCAAUCCCCGCACAGUACCUCUCCCUAGCUUCUCCACCAAUCCCCCCACAGUACCUCUCCCUAGCCUCUCCACCAAUCCCCCCACAGUACCUCUCCCUAGCCUCUCUCCCUCGCCUGUUUCACCAGCCAGACACCCCCAGCAGGUGGGGGAGGGAGGGAGAAAGCCCUCUCCUGUUUCACCAGCCAGACACCCCCAGCAGAUGGGGGAGGGAGGGAGAAAGCCCUCCCCUGUUUCACCCUCUUCCUCCUCCUCCUCUUCCUUCUCAGUUGAACAAUAUGACCAGUCUUCCUCUUCUGAUCAAUGCGUGCCCACCCUCCCCCCUAAAGUCUACGUGGUGGGGGCGGGCCCUAAAGAGCCUCGCGGCCCUGCUCCAAUCCCACGUCGACCUCCUGUUUUGCCCCCCAGAACCACACCCACACAUAGCGAUGCUUCAGUCAAUGAGCCGCACACAGAGCGAACUCCACCCCCCCCGCCUCGGACCAGGGUACACAACACACCAGUCGACACGCAGCCUGCUCUGCCCAUGAGAAGAGUCCCCCAGCCACCGCCUGAAAUCAGGUCAGAUUUUGGUGACAGUUCAGAUGACUCUGAAGAUCCAGACCAAGUUUACCCCAAGCCCCAGUCUGUGAACAUGGCAGACAGGGAUGUGUUCCUGCCGGUGCCGGGGUGGGGGAAGGGGCGGUACAGCUCUCUCUGCAGCGACGAUGAACUAUUGGACGAUGACAACGAGCCAAUCAGCAACCGUCAGAGCUCAUGGCAGGACUAUGGUCUGAGUACGCUACAGGAGAGUGUCUACCUGCCGGUCACAGGCAGGGUCCUAGCCCAGUCCCCUAGAGAUGGCCCCUCCCCUGUUCUAAAGAUGGGCUGGCUGGAUAAGAACCCACCGCAGGGGUCUCUGUACUACCAGAGGAGAUGGGUGAAGCUGGAUGUUGACUACCUGAGAUACUUUGACAACGACAAGGAGGUAUACUCUAAGAGGAUCAUACCAACGUCUGCCAUUACGGGGGUGACCAACGUGGGGGAGCAGAAAUUUGAGGUGGUCACAACCAACCGGACCUUUCUCUUCAGAGCCGAGAGCGACUUUGAGAGGAAUGAGUGGGUGUCAGUUCUGCAGAACUUCACUAUGGGGGGCCAGGAGGGCAGCAGGGAGAUUACUUCAUCGGUCCCACACUCCUCGAUGACCCCUGGUUCACCCCUGACCCCUGAACAGCAGGGCUACCUGGAGCUGAGGGGCCUGCGCUCCAAACUCUACACAGUCGUCUCCGGAGACAAGGUCUUCCUCUACAAGAACAUGGAGGACUACCGUCUUGGCAUCGGCAUCACGUCUAUCGACAUGAACGUAGGAAACGUGAAAGACACUGACCGCCGCAGCUUUGAUCUGACAACACCCUACCGCAUCUUCAGUUUUCUAGCCGAUUCAGAACAACAUAAAGACCAGUGGGUAGAAGCGAUGCGUGAAGCGAUUGGAGAGGCUCUGUCCAAUAGUGAGGUCGCUAAUCAAAUCUGGGCGGAGCCUAGCAAUGGUUGCUGUGCCGACUGUGGCGCCGCCAAACCUGAGUGGGCUGCCAUCAACCUGUGUGUGGUGGUCUGCAAACGCUGUGCAGGAGAGCACCGCGGUUUGGGCCCCAGCAUCUCUAAGGUGCGCAGUCUGAAGAUGGACAGGAGGGUGUGGACAGAGGAGCUUAUACAGGUGUUCCUGUUGCUAGGUAAUGAGCGUCUGAACAGAUUUUGGGCGGCGAACGUCCCUCCCAGCGAGGCGCUGAGUCCGACCAGUUGUAGCGAAGACCGCCGACGAUUCGUCAGCUCCAAAUACAGACAGGGAAAAUACCGCAAAUAUCACCCCCUCUACGGCAACCAGGAAGAGCUUAACAACGCCCUGUGUAUAAACGUGCAGUGCAGUGAUGUCCUGGAGACCUUAUGUCUGGUGUUCUGUGGAGCUGAUGUGAACUGUUCUACUGGCCUGGCUGACUGUCCCUCCCCCCUCUCCCUGGCACUCGCCCACAACCAGAAACUACAGGCCCAGUUCCUCUCACACAACCUCAACACAGAGCUGCCUCGGUCGGAGGUGACUGGGGUCAUGGAGCCUCAACACUAUUCACCACAGCACCCCGUCACGCACAAUGGCUUCCUUUUCAAGACUGCCUCCAUGGCCCGGCCUAUCACGGAGCGUAAGGCCAGGGAGGAGUUCAGUCGUCGCUGGUGUAUGUUGAAUGAUGGGAACUUUAGUUACUAUGAGAGCGACAAGAACUCCACGCCCAACGGAACCCUGAAGUCUACAGAGAUAGUCUGUCUGGCUGUCAACACAUCAGAGAGACAUGGCUAUGACCAUACUUUUGAGCUGUACUCAGACUCUGAGCGUAUCUAUCUCUUUGGCACUGAUGACCCAGACAGCCACAGGGAGUGGGUUAAAUCCAUCACCAAGACGUUUAUUCCAUCCAAUGCAGAGGGCCUAUUGAGGCUGGCUUUUGAAAGGAUUGGUCGGCUGCGGUAUAAAGACGGGCUGAAUCUACAGAGCCCUCGGGUUGGCUGGUUCGCUCUGGUCGGCUCCUCCCUCCAUGCCUACCUAGAGGACAGUGUGGAAGAGGAGGAGAUACACCUACGCAAACUACAGGAGCUCUCGAUCCAGCAGGAGAAUGAGGUGCUGGUUCUGGUGGAGAGAGGCAGGACUCUGUACAUCGAGGGGGAGAGGAAGCUUGACUUCCAGGGUUGGUGUGUGUCCAUGCAGAGAGCAGCAGGCAGUGCAGGGGACUCUCUUAGUCAGCAGCAACUAACUGAGACCGACAUCCCUGUUAUAGUGGACCGCUGCAUUGACUACAUCACACAGUGUGGUCUGACGUCCGAGGGUAUCUACCGUAAGAGCGGUGUGAACAGUCGCGUGGCGGCGCUGUGCGAGGCGUUUCGGCGUGAUGCCCGUAGCGUGCGUCUGAAGGAGGGUGAGCACCAGGUGGACGACGUGUCUAACACACUGAAACGCUUCUUCAGAGAGUCUGGAGAGAGACUGUUCACCAUACAGGCUGCUAGCGCAUGGCUCAGCACACCUGUGAUCCCAGAGGAGAGCAGAAAGAUCUGUCAGUACCAGCUGCUGCUGAGCCAGCUGCCCAGAGUCAACAAGGCCACGCUACGAGCCCUGGUCAACCACCUCUACUGUGUGCAGCGGUUUGCAGAGCUGAACCAGAUGAAUCUCCAUAACCUGGCUAUAGUAUUUGGCCCAACACUGUUCCAGAGCGACGGGAAGGACUACACCGCUGGCCUCGUCGUAGAGGAACUCAUAGAGCACUACACUGACGUCUUUGAGGUGGAUGAGCUGCAGCUGAAAAGACAGCUGGAUGAGAUCACGGCCAUCAUUAAAGUCAGAGAGAAGUUGAACCACAACUCCAGCGUCCCUGCGUCGGGGUCAGCAGGUGACUUCAUCUGUACAGUGUACCUGGAGGAGAAGAAGGAGACGACAGAGCAGCAUGUCAAGAUCCCUGGUUCUAUGACGGCAGCAGAGCUGACCUGUGAGAUUCUGGACCGGCGGAAGAUCCAGGUCAGAGAGAAAGACUACUGGAGCUGCUGGGAGGUCAGCGAGAAGGAGGAGACCGAACGUCCAUUGCAUCAUCUGGAGCGUGUGUUACCCAUCAUCCAUUCUCUGGGUACCGACUCCCACUUGCUGGUCAAAAAACAUCUCGCCAUGGAGGCCAUACGCAUCUACCUAGCCAGUAAAGUGGAUGUGUCCAAGCACGGGAUGGUGAAGUUCCGGGAGGAGAGGAGCAUUCUGGGAUUGGGACUGAAUACCGGCAGCUUCCACGACCGCUACUUCAUCCUGAGCACUGCCUCCCUCAGGAUGUACAAGGAAGUGCGGAGUAAUCGUCCAGAGAGGGAAUGGCAGGUGAAGAACCUGAGGGUCUAUCUAGGCAUCAAGAAGAAACUACGACCACCCACCUGUUGGGGUCUGACUGUGAUCAAUGGAAGUGAAAAACAGGAGAAGCCAGAGAGGCAGCAAUGGUAUCUGUGUUGUGACACUCAGACAGAGAUGAGGGAGUGGUUCUCCACCUUCCUCACUAUCCAGUAUGAUGGUAACGUGUGGCCAGCGGAUGCAGUACAAACACGUGUGACCCGUGCGUUGCCGGCGGAUACGCGUCAUGGUAAUGUGGCGUUGAUUCCGUUGCGCGGCAGCGAGAAUGAGAUGCGGAACAGCGUUGCAGCUUUCACCGCCGACCCGCUUGGCCUCUUUAGAGAUGUCUGAUAAUGGGGCCAGACAAGGGGAUAGACCACCAGCCAUAGAACCCACAAAGUCUUCAGAACAUUCCAGUAACGACCCCCGCCACACACACACCUGUGCCUAUGAGCUGGACCUCUAAGCAGGGGCAGCAGGUGUGUCAUGAGGAGAGAGAGACUCUGUUACCAAAGUGCCUUUUAGGACUGCAGUGCACCCUGGGAUACAUGGAGGACCUGUAAGAAGCUCCUGGUAUGGACUGAGAGGCUGAGAACAAAGACUGACUGAGUACAGACUGUUACUGGAACAGACUGACUGAGUACAGACUGAUUGAGUACAGACUGAUUGAGUACAGACUGAUUGAGUACAGACUGACUGAGUACAGACUGAUUGAGUACAGACUGAUUGAGUACAGACUGACACUGGAACAGACUGACUGAGUACAGACUGACUGAGUACAGACUGACUGAGUACAGACUGAUUGAGUACAGACUGACUGAGUACAGACUGACUGAGUACAGACUGAUUGAGUACAGACUGACACUGGAACAGACUGACUGAGUACAGACUGACUGAGUACAGACUGUUACUGGAACAGACUGUUACUGGAACAGACUGACUGAGUACAGACUGACUGAGUACAGACUGACUGAGUACAGACUGACUGAGUACAGACUGACUGAGUACAGACUGACUGAGUACAGACUGACUGAGUACAGACUGACACUGGAACAGUCUGACUGAGUACAGACUGACUGAGUACAGACUGACUGAGUACAGACUGACUGAGUACAGACUGUUACUGUUUGUCUCUGAGAGGCCUGGAGAUAAUGGGAUGAUCUUCACCGACAAUCCAGCCGCAACUGUCCCUGUAUGUCCCACAUCAACCCUGUCCCCUCCUCGAACCGUCUCUCUCGCUCCCUGUUGUGAACUCUCCCCCACCUGUACCCUCAUCUCGUCAGCCUCACCCGUGUCCCCUUCUCUCUUAAAGACUCCCCCAUCUGUAGAGUGCUCACAUCACCUCUCCCACGUACUUCUCCCUCCAUGUUUUAGACUGUAAUUAUUUAUUUCUCCAGCAGAGGGAGCAGCAUAUAGGAAGUUAAGGGGGGACUCUGUCCAUUUAGAAAUAGGGUUGUGUAUGUAGGUAAACUGUUAGACAACCAUGACCAUCACUAGACAUUAAGUUGGUUCCACUAGACAUUAAGUUGGUUCCACUAGACAUUAAGUUGGUUCCACUAGACAUUAAGUUGGUUCCACUAGACAUUAAGUUGGUUCCACUAGACAUCAAGUUGGUUCCACUAGACAUUAAGUUGGUUCCACUAGACUAGAGGGAGGACAGUGAUGUGUGUGUGUGUCCAAGUUCACUUAUUGUAGUGACAUCAUUACUCCCACUUCUAGGUCUUAACCUGUAGAGACACCCCCCCCCCCCACCCAACCAACCCACUCACUCACUCACCCAACCAACCAAACCAGCCAGCCAGCCAGCCAGCCCCCCCCCCCCCACUGGCCCUCAUAUCUGUUUUCUGUUUUGUUAAGACGGAUCGUCUGUCUGGUACUCUGUACACUUGAAUAAACACAUUUCAGCCAGAGCUGUGUCUAUCAAUAUCACAUACUCUCAAUCAUCUUAUCAUAUGUAGCAUUUCACUUUUAAUCUGUCUCUGUCUUAUAAAUGUGUUUUUAUGUGAAAAUAACUUUUGUAAUUCUUCAGAUUGUAACUGUAGGUAUGGUUUUAAUAAAGUCUACGCUCGUUGGAUCUACA